ACAAAGUGUGUGAAUCACAUUCAGCAGAGUGGGAGAAAAGGUGAAGAAAUUUAAGAGAGGAUUUUGAAGGAUGAAUGAUAGCUCAGCUAGAGAAAUGAAUGAUAGUUUAGCCGCUAUUACUGAAAGACAACCUCAAAGGCCUUGUGGUUUUGUGGGCAUUUUCUUUCAGCUCUUUGAUCGGAACCGUAGAUUUGCCAAGAAGCUAUUUCUAAAGAAACUGUUUUCCCUAGCUUUCUUGAAACAAGCUUCAAAAAAGUUUGGAGGGGAUGAGAAGCAGCCAAACCUUCGUUUGAUUGCUGAAGAGAACAGUGGAGGUUUUCCAGAUGCAAAGAAUAAUGGAAUGGCCGAUACACGUUGUGAAAGCAAGCAUGAAAUGAAGUCUCCAAGUUUGGUUGCUAGGCUCAUGGGUUUUGAAUCGAUGCCAGCAGGAUCAGGUAUUAAACCCCAAAAGGCUUCAGCUUCUAAAACUUGGAGCAAUGUGGCAGAUAAACUUGGUGCUCGACCUGGCGGAUCUGAUAAAGAAGAUAUGGAUUUUGAGAUAGCUGAAAUAAAGAGUUCAGAGCCAGAGGACAAAGUGCUUGCUAAAUCAGUGGACUCUGUUGAUGAUGAACCACACUUUCCAGAACCAGAUAGAGAUCUUUCGGAUUGUGAGACCUCAUUAUCCACUAGGAGGAGUUGCAGAGAACUGAUUCACAACGUUUCUGGAGUGCUCAGCAAGAUUGAUCGGUUAAAAGGAAGUAAACUCAUGCAAAAUAGGUCAUUCUGAAUUCUGAACGCAUAUUUGGAACUACACCUUAAUAGCAGGCUCUACCUGUAGAGGAUGGGUUCUCUAUGAGCCAUUUUCUCCUUAAUGAAUAUGAAAUGUUUUCGAGUUUUCUGUGGAUGGCUUUUGGUGAGUUGCUUGGCUGUAAUGACCCAAAGAAGAUGAAUCAACUUAAAGGAUUCGCCUUUGAUUGUCUAUUAGAGUACCUAGACUAAAAAUUUUGUCCAAUCUCGAUUCUGGUUUCAGAACCUGUACCAAACUACCAUCAAGUAUGACCAAAGAGAUUCUUAUUGUUGAUAUUAUUGAUGAGGUCAAAAAGUGGACACAAUUUGUUGGUUUGAUCCCAGACGAGCUAAUAGAAUGGGAUUUGAGCCAUUCUUUGGAUAAAUGUACGGACAUCGAGAUUGAAGAAUAUGAAUGUGGCACUGAAGUUGCUAGGCAAAUUCUCUAAGAAAUAGUAGAUGAAGUUGUUUUAGACCUCUACAGUUAUAGCUAAAUUUGGAUGGAAGUGUUAGUAGCUCCUCUUUUUGAGACUUUGUUGCAAGCCUAUCAGUGUUGUUCUCAUGUGAUAACUCUUGACUCAAUAAUGUCAAGCAAAGUAUUUUGUACAAAUCAUUGAUUCUGCAUCUGAUUCGACUAAUUGUACUUGUGCUUUUGCAUUUAUGAAUAUUAAGAACAAUCCCUUCGUGAACA